AGCGCGAGUCGAGAAGGAACGAGUCGAGCCGCGCCCCGCUUCCGUCGGAAACCCAUAUAAGCCGCCAGCCUCUGCCUCCUCCAAACCCUCUCCUUCGUUUCCUCCCCAAGCGCCACCGCCGAAUCGAAUCCGAGACGCUGAUCUCGGAUUCGCCCGCGACCGCAGCGCCCAGCGUCCUCGCCGUCGUCGUGCUCGCCCCCGCGCUCGUCAGCCAUGUCAGGAUUGGCACCUGAGGGUUCCCAGUUUGAUGCUAAGCAGUUUGACAACAAGAUGCAGGAGCUGCUGCAGCAAGGUGAAAGCGAAGAAUUCUUCACUUCGUAUGAUGAAGUUUGUGAAAGUUUUGAUCUCAUGGGGCUCCAAGAGAACCUUCUGAGAGGCAUUUAUGCCUAUGGUUUUGAGAAGCCAUCAGCUAUUCAGCAAAGGGGAAUUGUUCCCUUCUGCAAGGGGCUUGAUGUGAUUCAGCAAGCUCAAUCUGGAACAGGAAAAACAGCUACAUUCUGUUCUGGAAUUUUGCAGCAGCUUGACUAUGGGUUGGUUGAGUGCCAGGCAUUGGUCCUUGCUCCAACCCGUGAGCUUGCGCAGCAAAUUGAGAAAGUCAUGCGUGCUCUUGGGGACUAUUUGGGUGUCAAAGUGCAUGCCUGUGUUGGUGGAACGUCUGUUCGUGAGGACCAAAGGAUUCUUGCUAGUGGUGUGCAUGUUGUUGUGGGCACACCAGGGCGUGUGUUUGAUAUGUUGCGCAGGCAGUCACUCCGCCCAGAUCACAUUAAGAUGUUUGUGUUGGAUGAAGCUGAUGAGAUGCUCUCUCGUGGUUUCAAGGAUCAGAUCUACGAUAUCUUCCAGCUUCUUCCAUCAAAGAUUCAGGUCGGUGUGUUCUCUGCUACCAUGCCCCCUGAGGCCCUUGAGAUUACCCGCAAGUUCAUGAACAAGCCCGUCAGGAUUCUUGUCAAGAGAGAUGAGCUCACCCUUGAGGGUAUCAAGCAAUUCUAUGUCAACGUGGAGAAGGAAGAUUGGAAGCUCGACACCCUCUGUGACCUGUAUGAGACCCUGGCCAUCACCCAGAGUGUCAUCUUCGUGAACACCCGCCGCAAGGUGGACUGGCUCACUGACAAGAUGAGGAGCAGGGACCACACCGUCUCCGCCACCCACGGUGACAUGGACCAGAACACCAGGGACAUCAUCAUGAGGGAGUUCAGGUCAGGGUCCUCCCGUGUGCUCAUCACCACCGACCUGCUUGCCCGCGGUAUUGAUGUCCAGCAGGUCUCCCUGGUCAUCAACUACGAUCUGCCGACCCAGCCCGAGAACUACCUCCACCGCAUUGGCCGUAGUGGUCGUUUCGGGAGGAAGGGUGUUGCCAUCAACUUUGUCACCCGUGAUGACGAGAGGAUGCUGUUUGACAUCCAGAGGUUCUACAAUGUGACCGUCGAGGAGCUGCCGGCCAACGUCGCUGACCUUCUCUAGAUAUUGCCCUAGGAUAUGGGUAAGCUGCUGGAUAAAAAAUUCUGUUUUUGUUAAAUAUCGCCAACUUUUCUCAGCUUUGGAGGAGUGUUAAGGUCCAGGUUCUAUUUGAAUUGUGGCAAAGGACGGGUUUUAUGUUUCUUUUUCACUAUGCAACGUUUGGAAAUUUUUGUAGCGGGUAGGCCGUGCCGCAUCCUGGGCUAGCUGGGAGUGAUGAGACACUACUGGAGUACUUUACUUUCGCUGUUAAGCUAUGCUUGCUUCUGUUCUGCUU